UCUCUCGCGUGCCCGUUUCGGAGUCAAGUCCCCGCGCGGAGAUUAGCAAGUGGUCCCGGACCGGCCACGGGUGGGCGAGCAGCAUACAUCGAGCAUUUCAAGGCCAGGCCGAAGAUCUCGAGCGCGCGCGCGAGCGGCACUGAAAUGUGUGAUCUUUUCGCCAUCCGUCAGGCAUAAACACGAAUCCGAGCAGCAUAAACCGUCCUCCGUAUUUUCGGAGAGUCUGGAGAGCAUUUCGCGCGCGUCGAUCCCCGCCAGGGUCAGUGCGGUGCCGAUCGCCGCGCAGUGUGUUUGUGGUUCCGCGGCGCGCGAUUGUGUCACGCUAGCUAGUAGUGUGCUGCUGAUGGCGGUGUCGGCUCCCUGCUGCCAGCGCGGCUGGUUUCUGUUGGUUCUGGUGGCGCUCCUGACGCUGCUGGCCGGCCACCACCAGCAGGAGGAAGCGGCGGGCGGUGCGAUGGCCAGCAUCAUCUACGCCGGUUACGCGCUGCCGAUGCCGCGCCACCGCACCUUCUACAACGCGGUCGGCGAGCGCAAGAUCGGGCCGAACCUCUGGGAGGUGACGACAAUCGUCCAGGCGGACAUACUGUUGCGCAAGCAGUGCGAGUGUAUGCUGCGCCACCGGUGCCGGGUGCCCCGCAACAUCUUCUACCUCUCCAACCACGAUUGCCAUCACCGGGAAAAAGUGUGCUGCGAGCUGCUGGAGAACGCGUACGAAUCCGACAGCGAGAAGCCGGCGGGCACUGCCACCGAUGGUGGUGGGACGUUCGCUAGCGACAACGAAAUCUAACCCCCCCGAAACCAACCUGAGUGCUUCUCCCGGUCGAUGUCACCGAAGUCGAGGGACGAGUUUUUGCAGAGAUGGCGCGUCGUCGCGAGACAGUCCUUGGCGCUUCCCUCGUUGAACAGCGUCUGCAGGCCCCAGCUCCACUCCUGCUCGGUGACGAUCCAGUUCAGCAGGUCUUCGGCGCGCAGUAUCACCUUGUCCGAGAUCGCCAGCACCUCGUCCUGCGUCGAAGAGAGCGAGAGAGAGAACCGAACCGGGCACAGAGUUUAGUGUGAGAUUAACAGUGUUAAUAAUUAUUACUCAAACAUUAACCCCUCCUCCUGGUGGCUGCAGUGACUGGAUGAUGGAAAACUACUAUUCGCCCACAUUCGCCACCCCCAGACAGCCUAAUAAAUCGAUUGAAUCAACACAAAACGAACGAUCGAAGUGGAUUCAAACAGCGUAUAGGAGCGCCCCCUGGCGGGUGCUAGCCGAAAAUG